AUGCUUACCCCAAGAUUUGAACUAGAUCAAGAUGAUGAAUUCGUGUACCUUAAGAUACAUAUCUCCAACAUAAGAUUUUCCGCCGCAGCCAUCGAAAUGGUAAUAAACGAUAAUGUUUUUGUGUUUUCAUUACCACCAUAUUAUUUGCGUUUGAGAUUUCCAAAAUCAUUGAUAGAAAAUGAAGAUGCUACCUCAAAGUUCGAUUCUAAAGAGGAAUGCAUCAAUAUACGUUUACCCAAACUAAACAAAGGUGAGAAUUUUCCAGAUUUAGACCUCGGGGCAAAACUCUUGGCUAGGUUGAACGAACCAUCAAAUACUUCCAAUGAUCCACGCAUCAAAGAAAAACCAACUUCAUUGAUUCAAGAGGUAGACGUGUCCAAUGGGAUAAUAAAUGACAACGAGAAUGCAAAACAAGGCUCAACUCAGUUUUCGCAACUAGCGCAAGAGGCUUUGGAUUACGAUUGGGAAAUACCACAAGUAAUGCCUCCUCCGCUAACCGACUUGAAAGCAGGUGUUAAAUAUGGAUUUGACAACCAAUACUCUGAGUAUCUCACGCCAUCAGUUGCAAAUGGGAAUGAUAUCAACGAACUUUCCGAUCCAGAUCACUUACAGCCUGAUGACCGGAUCAUGGAAAGACUAAUCAAGGAAAACAUAAAAUUUGAUAUGGAAUAUUAUGCUAAUGAUUACAUUACUGCUAGGUAUUUAUCUGAUGAAAAUGACGGUAUAAAAAGUGCUUUGCAGUUCAUAUGCCCCUAUGCAAAACUUUUUCAUGAAAAUGAAUCUAAAAGCAAUGUUAAAAUAGAGUUCAGUCAGAAGGAACAGGAUCUAAUGAACGAUUUACCCCGCAAGUCUUACCUCAUUGACGAUCCUCGCCCGUUAUACUAUACAGUGCUAUGCAUUUUAUUUUCUUACAGCUAUGAAGCUAGAUCUUUUCAAGGGGAAACAACCAUCGAAUCAGCUUGGACAAUCGGAAAAUUGUCACCUCAAAUUAGUUGCCUUGAUUCCCAAUUGAUACAAAGUAAUAACCAGACGGAAAAAAACAUGAUCCGUAUAAUUAUAUUAACAAUGUCUCGACGUGCAUUGGAUUACCCACUUUAUCGCCAUUAUGAUUUGAUCAAAAAGACUUGGAUGGAUGUUUAUUGGAUCUUAAGAUGUGGAAAGAGAGCUGUGCUCAAAGAAUUACUGGCCGCCAGGGAGUUGUUCAGAAAGCAUGACAUUUACUACGUUUAUUGCAAAAUCUUAAUGGAUGACUUAUGUGCUUGGGUGUUAAGGGAUGAUGGCUGUAAUGACAUUGUUUUAAGAAACCUUGCUCAUGCAUCAAGAAAAGCGCUAGAAAAGGUCACAAAAAAUGACAUUGUUUUUGAGAAGAUAAUCAGGGAUGAAGCUGCAAGUAAUAGCGAUGAAGCUGGUGAAGCUGAAGAAGAAGAAUUCUCGUUUUUGAACUUGAUAGAUGUGGAGGACUUAGCCGAUGAAGCAUACCUAGCUUCUCAGGAUUAG